AUGGUUGUCUCUGCUCAGUUAGAUUUUCUAAACAGCGAUGAUGAAGAUAAUAGCAUAGGAAAUGCUGUAAAUAAUGACGAAGACGUUGAUAUCUCUUCUGCGUUGCUCCCUUCCUCGUCUAAGAAGAAUAAGGAAGAAGACGACGACGAUCAGUUUAUUAUGGACGUAAUGCAGACAGCGAACAAAAGCAAAGGAAAAGAAGUAGCUAAGGAGCUUAAUAAGGGUAAAGGCAAAGGUCCAAAAGCCAAAGCUCAAGUUGGCGGUGGUAGUUUCCAAUCAAUGGGUUUGAAUCCAUCUCUUUUACGUUCUCUAUUCCUCCGCGGUUUCAAUCAACCUACACCUAUCCAGCGUUUGGCUAUUCCACCAAUCCUCUCGACGCCACCAAGGGAUCUUGUUGGUAUGGCUCGUACAGGUUCAGGUAAAACUCUGGCAUACCUCAUCCCAUUAGUACAGAAACUUGGUGCUCAACACUCUAUCAGAUUCGGUGCACGAUCUCUCAUUCUGGUACCUUCCCGUGAAUUAGCAUUACAGAUAUUGCGUGUUGGUAAAGAAUUAGUUAAAGGUUAUAAAAAGGAAAUGGGUGAAGGUCAGGAAGAAAUGCGUUGGAGUGUUAUCGUCGGUGGUGAGAGUUUAGAUGAUCAAUUUUCACUCAUAGCCAGCAAUCCUGACGUAAUUAUCGCUACACCUGGUAGAUUGCUUCAUUUAGCUGUAGAAAUGAACCUCGAUUUGAAGAGUGUCGAAUACGUUGUUUUCGAUGAAGCUGACAGAUUAUUCGAAAUGGGUUUCCAACUUCAACUUAAUGAACUCAUUUCAAGACUUCCAACAACUCGUCAGACAUUACUUUUCUCUGCAACUUUACCAAAAUCACUCGUUGAAUUCGCAAAAGCGGGUCUCGUUGAUCCAAAACUUGUGAGACUUGAUGCGGAAUCUAAAAUUAGUGAAGAUUUAGAAACAGCUUUCUUUAGUGUUAAGCCAUCAGAUAAAGAUAGUGCCUUGUUAGCGCUCAUUAAGGAUGUUAUAAAAGUUCCCCCUGGUUUUCAAGAAGCUCAGGAUACUUCCUCCAAAAAUGAUAAAGAGAAGAAGCGUAAGAGAACUGCGCUUCCAUCUUUCUUAAAACCAUAUCAAACCAUCAUUUUCACUGCUACUAAACAUCACGUUGAGUACCUCAACACUUUACUUAAGGCAGCUGGAUACGCAGUUGCCCAUGUCUAUGGUUCAUUAGACCAAACUGCUAGACAAUUGCAAAUGGAUCAGUUCAGAAGAGGUGUUUCUUCAAUACUAGUUGUCACGGAUGUUGCUGCCAGAGGUAUUGAUUUACCUGGAUGUGAGAAUGUUAUAAAUUACGACUUCCCAACAGGUGCCAGAAUUUUCAUUCACAGAGUCGGUAGAACAGCAAGAGCAGGAAGAAAGGGUACAGCCUGGUCAUUUAUUACUAACUCAGAAUUGCCUUAUUUACUCGACCUUUCGUUGUUCUUGGCUAGACCAUUAGUAUCGCCAACAUCACCUACUAACAAGAACAAAGAAGAAGAACUAGCAUCGAAGAACACACUCACCAUUGGUACCAUACCAAGAGAUACACUUGACCCAUACGUAGAAUACCUUAGUGGAGCUGUACUCAACGAAGCUCCUAACCUUCCAUCUUUACAUGGCGUUAUGAUGCGUGGUCAUGGUUUAUAUGAACGCAGUCAAGGAAAGGCUUCAGCAGAAUCAUACAGACGUGCAAAAGAUAUAAUUAAAGAUGCAAGAUGGGGAUUCGCAGGUACUUCUGGAGAAGAUAAGGCAAUGCAUCCAUCUUUCGCUGGUACAGCUGCUGAGACCUUACAAGUCGAUGAAGAAACAGCCAAAAAGAGAGCAGAUUUGUUGGCUGUUGUCAAUGGAUUUAGACCUAAUGAGACUGUAUUUGAAAUCGGUCAAAGGGGUAACAACGAUAGUGCAAAGCUUAUGAAAGAGAGACGGAAGGACCUUGCUAAAGCUGAGCAUAGAUUGAACUUGAAGGAGAAAGAAAAGGCUCUACAAGAGGAAAUGGAGGGUGAAACUACACCAGGUGAUAGUCUCGAUAAUGCUGACAAAGAAGAGCAAGAACAGGCUGAUGAAGAUGAUAUUGCAGCCGUCUUUGAUACUGGUAGCAAGAAAAAACAAAAGAAGGACUUCCGUGAUCCUAACUUUUACAUGGGUUACGAACACGCUGAUGCUCAUACCGAUAAAGGAUAUUCCUUACAAGAUGGUGCAACAUUCGCGGAACAAGCCCGUACAGCAGAAGUUACCUUGAUGGAUGAUGAGCAAUUGAAAUCCCAGAAAAUGGCACCAUCACAACUCAAAUGGGACAAGAAGAAGAAGAACUUCGUUAGAGGUGGUGGAAUUGGUGCAGACAACCAAAAACUCAUAAAAACCGAGUCAGGUGCACGUUUACCUGCAACAUUUAGAUCAGGUAAAUUUGACGAAUGGAGGAAGAAACAUAAGAUGGAUUUACCACGUACUGGUGAAACCGAAGAGAAGAACCAUAAGGCUUUAGCUAUGGGAAUGAAUGGUGGUGUUGGUGGUAAGAAAUAUAGACAUAACAAAGUUACUGAGGCCAAACCGCUCGACAAGAAAGACAAGAAUUACGAAAAGAAAGUCAAAAUGCGUAACAAAGAUAACAAGGAUGAUAGCAAUGCUGGUAAAGUUAGAAGAGGUGGUAAUGUCGCCAACAAGAAGAGUGAGAUUAAGAGUGUCGAUGCUAUCAGAAAGCAACGUGAAUUGGCAGCUAAGCGCAAAGCUAAGAAUGCACGUCCAUCAAAGAAAAAGAAGUAAUGGUAGUCAUUUUUGUUAUAAGUUAUUUU